UCGGACUCACAUCUGAUUUGGCCGUUUUCAACAGCAAUUCGAAGGUAGGAUGUGUUGUUUCGAGCCUCCAAGAUCCUCGGUAUCCUUGUAGGCGUGCCAGAAACGCCAAGUUCCCCUGUCCCUCAAGCGGCCAUUACUGCUUACGUUGCCCACCAUCGGAAGCUUUUGGGGGCGUCUCGAACUCGUGUUUCGAUGUCUCACAAAUCAGUAUAUUAAUCGCAUGCGAAAGAUUGUAGCCGUUCUUCAUUCAAACCCCUUCGCCAUGGCUCUCCGCUCAGCCCCGCUCGCACGCUUGGUCAUGAACCCACUUCUGCUUCCUUUCCUAGCCAUCCCCUCCUACUUGUGCUACAAGUUGCUCUUCUUCGUCUUGAGAAAUGCCAGAAAUGCCAGAAAAGCACGCCAGCUGGGCUGCAAGCCAGCACCCACUUUCCCAUCGCCCGAUCCUUUGGGUAUCAUUCCCGUGGCGAACCUCUUCAAGGCGAAUUCUACCGGCUACCUGCCGCAACACGUCCUUGAGCGGUUCGACACCGUUUCGCGGCAAGAAGGACGGCCUGUCCACACGUUCGUCGCACAGCUGCUUCGUUUGCCGCUCUAUGUCACGCGAGAUCCGAAGAACAUCCAGGCUAUUUUAGCCACUCAGUUCAAAGACUUUGAGUUGGGUCCCAUUCGACAUGGCACCUUUUCGCCGCUGCUCGGCGCCGGCAUCUUUUCUGCCGAUGGGCGGCAGUGGGAGCAUUCGCGUGCGCUGCUUCGCCCGCAAUUCGCUCGUAAUCAGGUCAGCGACCUGGAACUUGAGGAGGUCCACAUGCAGCACAUGUUCAAGGCUAUGCCAGUAGGCAGCGACGGCUGGACCGACGUAAUUGACUUGAUCCCGUUGUUUUUCCGACUCACCGUUGACUCCGCCACGGAGUUUCUGUUCGGAGAGAGCGUAGGCACGCAACUUGCCGCACUGCCCGGCGCUGACCAGACUGAGUGGCAGAAGCAUGCCGCUUUCGUGACUGCAUUCGAGCAAAGCCAAGACUGUAUAGCGCGCGCCUUCCGUUUGAACGACUUUUAUUCGCUGUAUCUGACCAAGCAAUACCGCGAUUACUGCAAGACGGUCCACGAGUACAUCGAUCGCUUUGUGCAGAAAGCGCUCGCGCAUGACUCGGAGAAGAAGCUAGAGAGCGGCGAGAAGGAGAAGUACAUCUUCCUCGAGCAACUCGCUCAGGCGACCAAGGACCCGAUAGAGAUACGAGAUCAGCUGCUGUCGAUCCUUGUCGCAGGUCGCGAUACCACAGCCGGAUUACUGUCCUUCUUGUUCCGGGUUCUGUCCAAGGAACCUGCCAAGUUCAACAAGCUGCGCGACACGAUUCUGAAUGACUUUGGUACUGACGAGAGCAAGCUCAGCUUCUCCAGCUUGAAAUCCUGUCAAUACUUGCAAUGGUGUCUCAACGAGACCCUGAGGCUGUAUCCUUCAGUGCCGCUGAACAGUAGGCGCAGCGUCGUUGACACUACCCUACCUCGAGGCGGCGGUCCGGAUGGCAUGUCACCACUAUUUGUCCCCAAGGGCACAGAGGUGAACUACUCAGUCUUCGCGACGAUGCGCACGCCUGAAUUCUGGGGACCCGACGCGGACGAGUUUAAGCCUGAACGGUGGGAGAACAAGAAGCCUGGGUUCGAGUACUUGCCGUUCAACGGAGGUCCAAGAAUCUGCCUUGGACAGCAGUUUGCGCUUACGGAGGCCGGCUACGUGACCGUACGGAUGCUGCAGAAGUUCGAUAAACUUGACGGUUCCGCGCACGGCGACGAACCCAUCCCUUGGUUCUUGACAUUGACGGGGAGACCAAUGGACGGUGUUAAACUGAGGCUGCACGCCGCAGCGGAAUGAAGUGGUGACGCCGCUGCACUUCCAUUGAGAGAGUUUCCCGCGAGCAUCGGACCUCUGUAGCGUCGUCUGCUCCCGGGAUUUGUACGCUCGAAACAUGCACGACUCUGAACAUGAAACGAAACAUACAUAUUGUACAGAUCCUUACUCAGUCUGAAUUUGACGAUUGAUGGCGUGUCCUUUCCACCGUUUUGGCCAAUUUGAUCUGAAUAAAGAAGUCUAUGGGUUGCUUCCAUCUCACCUAGCAAUGAUUUAAUUUGCACAAGACGCUUCUUGCACAAUCCUUUUGUGACAUUUUAGAAAAAUAUUUAGGAUGCUCCUUGCCUCGACUUAAGCGAGUGGUCAUGGAUAGCCAUGGCGCUUGUUCCGUGUCUCAAGACAUUGCUCAAAACGCGGAUCUGUUGGGGGCGACGUCUUCUUACGUGGACGAUUUCUGUUCAAGAUCCGCUUGGCACUGGCUAAUCUUGUAGAAUGAAAAACAAAUGUCACAUUUUCCC